AUGGACAACGGAUCCCAGUUCGCCAGCACAAGGUUCCGAGAGUUCUGCGCGAACUAUGGGAUUCAGUUGAGGUACAGCUUGGUCGCCCACCCCCAGACAAACGGGUUGGCCGAGGUGACCAACCGAUCUAUUUUAGAUAGACUCAAGAGGAGAGUGUCUGCGGCCCGAUCCGCUUGGGUGGACGAGCUCCCGAGUAUCCUAUGGUCCCUACGGACCACCCCCAAAACCGCAACUGGAGAAUCCCCCUACAGCCUCUCAUAUGGGACCGAGGUCAUCCUACCCCCCGAAGUGGUUUUCCCUACCCCUCGGACGGAAAAGUACGAUGAAACGACUUCAGCCCAAGGGAUACGAGCCGGCCUCGACCUGCUCGAAGAGCGGCGUGCUGUCGCACACUUGAGAGACCUCUCCUACAAGAGAGUCGUCGCCAGAAUCUAUAACCGCAAGGUGCGACCUUGA